GUUGGGUUCGCACCUAACAUAUGUGACGUCAUGGGAUAAAAUGAGCUGUCUGUGAGAAGAACGAGAGAACUCGUCCGGAGAUAUCUUACUGGUUUUCUUCAUGAAUUUGGUAUCAGAUCAUUUGUAUUUAUGACUGGCCUGGUGGAAAUGGCUUCCAUUCCAUCCUGGAAGCAUAAUAUUAUGGAAAAUGGACGUGUGUUUGAUGAUUCAGGUGAACCGGGAGGACAUUCCAACGAUAAGUAUAACAACAUAAAUGACAUUCCGACAUGGAAACGAAGUUUUGUAAACCCAAAUAGUAAUAACAGUAAAACUCGGGAUCAUGUACGAUCCAGUAGUAGUUCCUCGGUAGAUAGUAGAUCAAGUCAUGUAAACAAUAACUUCCCCCACACAUCUGCCGAGGCAAAUGGAGGUAAAGUGAAGUUUAAUUUAGGGGGCGACACUACGGAAGUAAGUGAUAUAAAGUCAGAUAGGGAGGAAUCUACCUCGGCGAUAGAGACCAGUCCUAAAAGUAAAGUGGCUAUUGACAGUACACAUUUAAAACAUGUGCAAAGCAACCCGUUUUUCGUGGAGCUUGGCGGGGUCACACAUCCGCAUGGUAAGUUAAUAAAUGAUUCACUUCCUGAAAGUCCCCAGUUAUCGCGCAGCGACAGUGUCAGUACUUGUACCACAGAGGAAGAACAGAAUGACUACAGCCCACACUCUGGUAUAGUUGAGAAAUUACGUAAAAAGUUUACUUCACUUUCAAGUCAUGAAAACACUCUUCAAGGUGCUGCGUCUAGGCUUAAACGAUAUGGAAGCCUGGACAAUCUGCUCGGGAGGGGAUCUUUACAACCAGAAAAAAUAGAACCAGUAAUUUUACCCUAUCAGAAGAGUUAUUUGAGAGGAAACAGUCAAACAGAAGGUUCUAAACGGAGCAGUACAGAUGUUAAAAGAAAUAGUUUGGAUGGUAACAGCCUGAGAGAUGAUGGGGAUGUGACUAGUACUACUAGAGUAAAACCAGCACUGCAAAAACCACCUAAAAUUCUCACCAAGAAAACAGAACUGGUCAGAAAAGAUUCAGGUUCAAGUGUGGAAGAACAAAAAUCACCAAAACCACAAGUUCCAGAGAUGCAAAUUUCAUCAGAUGACAUCAUCAUCAUUGAACAACCUCGCAAAUCUCCUGCUAGUCAGAAAAACGUGGAUGAACAGGAUGUGAAAACUUUAAAAAGUGAGAAUGAAGAAUGUGAACUUCCAAAACCAAAUACGGUUUCAACAUUUAGAACAUUAUUUGAAGCUAACACAAAGGUAAACAGGAGGAAAAUUCUUCCUGAUGCACCACGGUCACCAAAGUUCAUUUCUGCAUCAAUUCCCAAACCACCAGUGUCAAGGUCAAAACCACAGGUUCCACAGAAAGAGAAGCCACCAGUUGUAGACAAACAGGCAAGUAAAAUAGAGAUGCUUAGUUCACAGGAAUCAGGCGAUGUUAAGUCAUCACUUCAUCAUCCAACCUCAACAUUGACACCAAGUGUAUCAUCUCUUUCACCAUCAGGUUCAUCAUCAGAGCCAAUAGCCAAGGUAAAAGUAUCAUCGUCUGACACCAUUUCACCCAGUAAUAGUGCUACAGUUGUGUCAUUGCAACAGCCUGACGGAUCUCCUGAAAACAAUUUUGUAAGCAAAAAGUCAUCAACAGAUUCUAGAGAAAAACAAUCAGCUGACAGUGAUGAAAAUGUAAGCAGUAUACCUGGCAAGCCUCCGAAAGCUUUUGACUCUCCCAUGACAAAGAAAAAAAAUAUUGGUGAAAUGAAAUCCAUAUUUGAUUCCAAUGUCAUUGUAGCAACAGGACCUAAGCCAGCACCUGUUAAAAAAGCAAGACAGACUGUUCCGCAGAAUGUAACACUUAUAACUGUUGAAAAGGAAAACAAAACAGAUACUUCAGGAUCUAAUGGGACCCCUGUUCAAAAUUCUGUAGUUUUGGAUACAAAAAUGGAAAAAACUGAAAGAACAACUAGUACAGACAAAAAGAAAAGUGUUGCUCCAAUUCCACCUAAAAUAGAAACACAACAGAAACCCAAAAUUCCAGUGGAACAAAAGCAGAUAUUUGAUUCAUCAUCAAUAAUAGCUGUUUCAACAAAUGAUGUAAAGGCUCAAAAUCAGGGAGAAAAGAAGCGGGCACCACCACGACCAAAAGCAAUGGCACGAAAACUUAGCCAUUCAAAUUCUGUUGAAGAAGAUUAUACCAAAGCUGCAGAGAAAGAAGCGAAAGUUGAAGCAGAAAUCACAACUCCAAAAGAAAGAUCAGUGGAGCCUGCUCCAAAACAGGUAGAACAGAAGGUGCAAUAUGAACUUACACCAAAAUCAAAUAUAUCAACUCAAAAUCGGUUCACUCCAGCAGUCCGAUCAAACCAGAAUAAUGACAACAAUAAACUCAAAACUCAGGGACAAGUUGAAAGCAGCACAUCCAAUGCUGGUUCUACCCCAGCUACUAAAACAAGUAACUUUGAACCAGUUGGUGUGUUAAACCAAAAAAAUGAAGAGCUCAACAGUGCUAGUGGGAGACCAACCAAAGGAAUCCCCACCAUUAUUGCUAAUAGAUUCUUGAAAGACAGAAAAGACGUAACUCAGGAAAGCAAAAUCAAUGACAAAGAUGAUAGUGAUGAUGAAACUAAUUACAAUUUAGUAAAACCCAGUCAAUUUAGGGCAAAAGGACUCAUGAAUGGAGCUCUAUCCUCCCCAGUGCCAAAGAAAAGAGAACAGCCUAAUGAAGAAACUGCUUUAGAUAGAACCCGUAAAAAUGUUAUUGCCAAAAAGAAUGACAGUGGAUCAUCUAGCAUAGAUGACCUUAUACGAGGGAAGAGAAAUAGUCCCUCUGCCGUGUUCAAUUCUAACAUGAUACCAGCUAAAAAGCCGGUGUCAACAAGUGCUGCCAGUAAUGGAGUUCCUCCUUUGGAUCUUUCAAUAAUAGAAGAAAAGAAGAAUCAUCCUUAUCAAGAGGGCUACAUACCCACAAAGAUUGAGCCUUGCAAGAUCAAAUGUAUUGGUGCUGGUAUGAAGGGGUCCACACAACCAUUGGCCAAGACAAGAAAGACUAAGUUAAAGAUUUCAUUCAACGACAAAGCCACUGCCACACACGAGUACCAGUCUGAGAAUGCAGCACUGCACGACUACCUCGUCAUUCACCCAAAGGAGGAGGAAGAAGUGAAGAAACAGGUGGAGGAGGAAGAGAAACCAGUCAUCAAACUGGACGACUUCGAAUACGCAGACGAGUCCUCUGAUGAUGUGACGGAGACACCUCGUAAUGGGGGCCCAGGCGACAGUUCUAUUCGUAGCAACACACCACUCUCAGGAGCAGGUACAUUCGGUGGCUACAAGUCCAAAAUGUCUGUCGACUUUGAGUUUGGAAUGUCCAUGAAUGAAGAGCCUCCAGUUGCCUCCCCUGAUCCAGACCAAAUAGAUAAUUCAGAGGAAAGGGACCUUCUGCCUAUGUCAGAGAAUGACACAUUCAAUUGGACAGACAAUAGUAGUGCUGAUCUGUUGUUCUAGGUCCAAAGCCCCUAGAUCACCCAUUUCUACAGAAUAUAAGUGCUGAUCUCCUGAUGAGGCGAUACCCUUCCAGAUCAUAAAUCUGGACAACACUACGACAGUAGUAGCCAUCUUCUGUCAUUUCCCUGUCAGUCGACUGGUACAGGUAUACAGUACAGAGUUAAAAUGCUGUACUUACAUUAGCAUCACCCAUCUAGUGGAAGUACAUUUCUGCCAACCUAAGAAUAUUUCACCAAUAGUUUCUAGUAAACUGAAAGUGACAGCAGUAAGAGACUUUCCAUUGUAAAGCUAUAUACUGUGGUUUAGGAGUUCACGCUGGAAUCUAGUUAAUCUGGACACUUCUUUAAAAAAAAUCCUGAAUAUCAAGUUUUUCUGAUUUAUUCAACAAAAUUUGUUAUUUCUAAGAUAAAGAGUUUUCUUGGAAAAUACAUUUUCCAACUAACUCAUCCAGAUUACAAAGCUUUCCUUGUAUAGAGACAAUUUUUAUCCUUAUCUUGUUACAUAAAUGCUGUUUCAUGAACGUGGACAUUAGUUUGGAGGAAUGCUGAAACAAAACAGGAUUAGUUCAGAGGCAUGCUGAAACAAAACAGGAUCAGUUCAGAGGCAUGCUGAAACAAAACAGGAUUAGUUCAGAGGCAUGCUGAAACAAAACAGGAUUAGUUCAGAGGCAUGCUGAAACAAAACAGGAUUAGUUCAGAGGCAUGCUGAAACAAAACAGGAUUAGUUCAGAGGCAUGCUGAAACAAAACAGGAUUAGUUCAGAGGCAUGCUGAAACAAAACAGGAUUAGUUCAGAGGCAUGCUGAAACAAAACAGGAUUAGUUCAGAGGCAUGCUGAAACAAAACAGGAUUAGUUCAGAGGCAUGCUGAAACAAAACAGGAUUAGUUCAGAGGCAUGCUGAAACAAAACAGGAUUAGUUCAGAGGCAUGCUGAAACAAAACAGGAUUAGUUCAGAGGCAUGCUGAAACAAAACAGGAUUAGUUCAGAGGCAUGCUGAAACAAAACAGGAUUAGUUCAGAGGCAUGCUGAAACAAAACAGGAUUAGUUCAGAGGCAUGCUGAAACAAAACAGGAUUAGUUCAGAGGCAUGCUGAAACAAAACAGGAUUAGUUCAGAGGCAUGCUGAAACAAAACAGGAUUAGUUCAGAGGCAUGCUGAAACAAAACAGGAUUAGUUCAGAGGCAUGCUGAAACAAAACAGGAUUAGUUCAGAGGCAUGCUGAAACAAAACAGGAUUAGUUCAGAGGCAUGCUGAAACAAAACAGGAUUAGUUCAGAGGCAUGCUGAAACAAAACAGGAUUAGUUCAGAGGCAUGCUGAAACAAAACAGGAUUAGUUCAGAGGCAUGCUGAAACAAAACAGGAUUAGUUCAGAGGCAUGCUGAAACAAAACAGGAUUAGUUCAGAGGCAUGCUGAAACAAAACAGGAUUAGUUCAGAGGCAUGCUGAAACAAAACAGGAUUAGUUCAGAGGCAUGCUGAAACAAAACAGGAUUAGUUCAGAGGCAUGCUGAAACAAAACAGGAUUAGUUCAGAGGCAUGCUGAAACAAAACAGGAUUAGUUCAGAGGCAUGCUGAAACAAAACAGGAUUAGUUCAGAGGCAUGCUGAAACAAAACAGGAUUAGUUCAGAGGCAUGCUGAAACAAAACAGGAUUAGUUCAGAGGCAUGCUGAAACAAAACAGGAUUAGUUCAGAGGCAUGCUGAAACAAAACAGGAUUAGUUCAGAGGCAUGCUGAAACAAA